AUGGAGCUCUCCGAUACCUUCCGUAUUGUUAACCUUGCCACCGCGACCAUCAUGGUCCUGGGUGGCAUCGCCCAAUUCUUCAACUUUAGCUUGUACGUUGCCCUCUCACUUUUCGCCGUCCCCGCCGGACUUCCUUGCCCAGCCGCCCCUCGCCACCAGGGCAUUAUUAUUGGCGCCUACGUCAUCAUCUUUGGUCUCUGCACCGCUCUGCUCGAGUUCCAAAUCCCUCCCCAGGUCUCCCGCUACGCGUCCUUCCUCUUCUCCUUCGUCGGCCGUGGUGUCUUCUACAUCUUCAUCGGCUCCAUCCUCCUCUCCGACGGCAUUUUCAAGAUCAUUGCUGGCUCCCUUAUCGGCAUUAUCGGCGUAGCCUACGUCGUCCUCGAGUUCGUCCCCCAGAUCGAGCCGCCAGCCAACAUGCGCGAGGCCGAUGGUGGCUGGGGAGCAGAGCAGGUGUAA